AUGGAACCUAAGGUGAUAUCGGGCGGCCGAAUACCCUGUGACGACUGUCAUACAUUCAAUAAUACCACUAUUCCUGAUCGGUACCCUGUGCCUCAUCUUCAAGACUUCGCCGGAGCCCCUUUUGUCAAAACUGCUUCCUUUAAGAUUGAUCUGGUGCGUGCCCUUCAUCGAAUUCCAGUGACCACUGACGGCACCCCAAAAACCGUCGUCCCCACACCCUUCCACCUGUUGAAAUUCAUCUGCAUGUCCAUCGGUCUUUGUACUGCUGCCCAAACUUCCCAGUGGUUCAUUGGCCAUGCCUUGCUUGGCCUACCGUUUGUGUGCGCCUGCAUUGAUAAUCUGUUUGUGGUCAGCCAGAAUGCCGAGGAACGCAGAAACUUGACCAUUUGUUUGACCGCCCAGACUAGUUUGGUAUUACUACAAACCCCUCCACGUGCGUUAUGACUGUGCUUUUUCUUAAAUUCCUCUGUCAUCAUGUCGAAUCUGAAGGUUUUUGUCUUUUCGUCCUCCGAAAACAAAACAAUUCGUGAUUUCCAUCCACCAACCUCCAAGUGUCAUUCGCAGCGAUUCCUUUGCAUGGUCAAAUUUUACCGCCGGUUCCUACCAAACUGUGUUAACCUCAUGAUGCUACUCAAUAACUUGCUUUCUGGUCCCAAAGGCCUCUUCGGGCUGACUAGUGGGGCACGGCUGCUCUUGAGGAAAUCAAGAAUUCUCUUGCCGACACCAGCUUGCUUACGCAUCCCGAUCUCGAAGCUGAGCUGUCCCUGAUGAUAGAUGCUUCGACCAUAGCCAUAAGAACAGUCCUUCAAUAACACCCUGUUGUCUUGACUCGACCACUAGCCUAUUUCUCCAGAAGGCUUUUGCCGGCGGAGAUCCGUCAGAACACCUUUGGCCGUUAACUACUUACCACUUACCUUGCUGUGAAGCAUUUCCGACAUUUCCUUGAAUGUCAGGACUUCACCGUUUGCGCGGAACACAAACCGCUGACUUUUGCUCUUCUCUCCCACUCCGACGAGUACAAUGCGAGAGAAAUCGCCCACAUGCGCUGCAUCUCCCAAUUCACCAACGACAUCCGCCACAUUGAUGGCACGAAGAAUGAGAUGACUGACAUGUUGUCCAGGUACUUAUUGUCUUCUCCCCAUCUCUCACACGGAAUCGAUCUUGGCACCACGGCGGCUGAGCAAAAACGAGUCGGUUGUCCUCUAGAUGAUUCCGUUAGUGGUCUCCAACUCCUAGACGUUCCCCCGACCACCGGUACUGGUACCAUACGUAGCGCCGUUUAG